UGCUCUGUUUUCCAGUCGGACAGUUUCUAUGGAUGUAGAAGAUCCUAUACUAUCCUAGGGUCCUGUUUGUUUUACAGGGCCCAGUUGUUGUGCAAUCACUUACCAAAGAAUGACCUCUGUGACCUUCACCUCUACCUACGCUACCAUAACUUAUUGACAUUAAGUGGCCGUGGUGGAAUGGAUCAACUCGUUGUCUGGCGGGAAGUUCACCCGACGCGUCAGUGGUACGACCUAGGUGAAGAGCAGAUGUUUGGUUACUCGGAACCAGUCACGGCUCGCUGGUUUUGGCUCAUCGUAGGUUACAAACAUAGCCUGCUUUGUGUGUUGUUGGAGGCUGGAGGAUGUACAACAAAAUUACCUGCCCUUUGUAUGCCUGAUCCAUUUUACAUCGACCAGUGUAGGGCCACACUGAUGCAGAUUGUUGCUCUCGGCUUACCUGCCCACUGUGAUACGAGUUACAGCAGUCCAGUUCAGACGCUGAUGUGUCCAAGGGGGAAUAACUCUCUGCCACCUACCUCUCCCUCCAAGAACACCACAGGUGACUUUCCCAGCUCCCUUAGGAGACAGACACACACGCUCACGAGGAAAGAUUCCUUCCACUCCGAUGGCUCAUCAGCCAGUAACUCCAGUGGCGGAAGCAUUGUCAAGAAAGGAACACCUACCAAGAUGCGCCUUUUCCAUGUCGACUACAGUCAUAGCAACGAAUUGGCACAGGAUGAUCUAAAGAACAAGAAAAUAAAAUUGACUGUUGGUGCCGAGAACUGCCUUCUCCACUUUCUACACAUCGACAAGAUUGAUGGGGUUUUUGUAAACCCCACAUUAGGGACACACGAGCUUGAGAAGGACAUCACACACAAUUUUCACCUCUGCUGUACCCAGAUCAAACACAUGUUUGAUAGGUACAGAUAUCGAAAGAAAAACACGAAGAGAGAUGAGUGUGAGAAUGACUAUCGUAUGCCGUCCCAUCCCGAUCCUAGCUUCUAUCACCUCCGUGAGGAAGGGGUCUUGUUUCAUGUGCCUCAGUCUGAUGCAGAUCAAAAAGUUCAAGAAUCAUACUGGGUGGUUGGUCGUCAAAGAUCCAAGACAGAGCUUUAUGUGUGCUUCAAGGAUGGCACCCCUCAAAACUUGGUGGAGUUGGCCUUCCGAAUGGGAUUCGGCCUCAAAGUCUAAAACAGAUGAUGAAGAUGACGAUAUACCAGCAGCAUUAUGAACUAGUCAGACUUUUCUGUUAACCUUGACAAAGAUAUAUAUAUGUACCAUGUCAAAGAAAAAUAUUGCACUUAAGUUUUUGUAUCCCUCAAUCACAGGCAUUGGUAGCAAAUUACGGACCUUAAUCAACAUAAUAAGAAAACAUUGACGUCUAUUUUGUGCAGGUUGGUAAUUUGCUAUCGUUCCCUGUGCUCUCAACUAUUAAUAUGUGGAAAUCUGAUAGUUACAUAGAGAAUAUCACAUUUAGGUUUAUAAUGUAAUAUGAAAUUUAUGCAACAAGUACAUUGAUUUAAUAUAGGCCGAGCCUCUAGCUUACUGGUUAAAUAGAGGUUACACAACGAGUGGUUGUUGGAUAUGGAAUUUAUUUCACACGAGUAAGUUAUUUUUUAAAAGUUACA